AUGUCAUUUACAUUUGGAGCAACUCCUGCUACAAAAACGAUUAUAUUCGGCACUCCUACUAACACCAAUACAGCUACAGCUCCAACUGCAAGUCCAUUUACAUUUGGUACGCCAGCAGCUACUACAACAACAUCUACAGCUCCUCUAUUUGGUGUUCCUGCUGCAACUACGACAGCUACUACUGCACCAUUCAAUUUUGCAACACCAGCUGCUACAACUACGACAUCAAUCUUUGGAUUCGGUUCACCAGCAUCAACGACUACGGCAGCAACAACAGCCGCAAAAACGCUCUUCACUGGAUUUGGUACAGGAGCACCUACGACAACAACAGGAUUCGGCUUUGGUGCACCAACAACUACCUCAGCACCUGCUGCAUUCGGUGGAUUUGGAUUUCCAGCGGCACCAGUUACAACGACAGCACCUGCAUUUGCUUUCAGUGGUGGACAACCAUUUGGAACUAAUACUGCACCCGCUCAAAUAGCAGCUCCACCAGCUAAUGCAAUUCGCCCAGAUGAUUUACUAAUAACAUCACUAACUGCACCACGCUUAUUUAAUGAUGAACGAGAUGAACUUCUUCUUAAAUGGAAUAUUCUACAAGUAUUCUAUGGUACCGGUAAAACAUUUUGUCAUCUAGGCGUUUAUGAUGUUGACGUUAAUCUUCCCUAUCACGUUUUUAAAACAUAUUCAUACAGUGUCCGUCCAAAAACUCGUGACGAAGAUGGUCUAGUUGCACUAAUUAUAAACCAAAAGCUAGCUGAUGUUGUCAAAGAUAAAGAUAAACGGAUUGAAAGCCUCCAUCGGUUGUGUUUUAACAACAAUCCAAAUUGUAUCAUUGAACUUGAAGGAAUUUCACCACUAGCUGACGAUCGUACCCAAAUGUUAAUUGUAGUCAGUGAAAAACAGCCUGGAACAUUAUUAGUUAAAAAAGCGAAAGCAUCUGUCGUUGUUAAUUAUCUUCAACCGCCACCACAACAGCAACAAGCAACAACUUUGAUGGCACCACCUGCAAAUCCAAAUAAAGCACAUUUAGAUUCUAUGGGUAUUGUUCAAGUUUUUGCACGAACAGAUUUAAGUGAUCAAGAUUAUAAACAAUAUCUGGAUUCUACACCACCAGGCCUAACGGCAUUCGUCUGGGAACAAGCGAAAAAAGAAAAUCCAAAACCACAGUUACUUUUGCCUGUACCACUGGUUGGUGUAAAAGCAUUACGGGAUCGUAUGAAAUCUCAGUUUAUUGAACAUGAAGAUCAGAAACAACAAUUAGAAAUCAUCCGUCAACAAUUACAUUCUGUUAAAGAUCAAUGUGAUGCAUUUCGUUUAACAAUGAAACGUUAUCAAACAAAUUUACUUGAAUAUUCACAUCGAAUUCUUAAAGCAACAAUUCAAUUUGAAUGUCGCCGUCGUCAAUAUGAGCCAAAAUUAACUUCAACUGAAAUUCAAAUUUGGACUAAUCUUCAUUCAUUACAAAGUUUAUCUCAAUCACCAUUGGACAUUCGUAUAAAAGACUUAAUUAUGAAAAUACGUAUGAAUCCAACACUAUUAGCUCCAAUCCAAUGGGCAUCCAUACUAAACACCAAUGAAUCAUUACGUUUCGAUAAAGAAAAGAUCGAACAGAUUAAAGAUAUUUUACAAGAUAUUCAUCGUGGUAUUAAAAAUGUGGUUGAAUUAGUGCAAAAUGAUCGAACAGCAUUAGCAAAAAUUGAUGAAAAACUUUCACCGAGAAGAUAA